AUGCCGGCUCGAACGAAGGAAGGAUGUACGCGAACUUUCACGGCGUGUUGGACUUGUCGCCGUCGUCGGGUCCGUUGUGAUGGCCAACAACCUUUCUGUUCUGAGUGCACACGUGCACGAGUAGCUUGCGACGGAUACAAUGUCAAAUUGGUCUGGGUAGAACCCGAGACGGGAAAUUACCAGUCUCGUUGUCGGCGGACUCUGGACUGCGCCUCGACCUGGAAGGGUUCCAGACUGCUCACCUCGGGGGAAGUAGAUCGAUUUAUAUCCGAAUGCGAUUUCCGAAACCCAGAUGGGAAGACGGUUCAUGUUCGCAAGGGACCAUUCUCUGCUUUCCUUGCCGAACCACGUCGUGGUGACAGACCCGAAGCCAUCGAACCGAUGGAACCUGAACAGAUCGCGGGGAAUGAUGAUGGCAAUUUGGUUGAGUCUGAGCAAGACUAUGCCGAUGCUACGUCCGGUUUCGAUCUCACGGUCAUAAAUCUACCUCGAAAACCCUCCGGCGAUCUUUUCCAUCACUACGUACAACACGUCGCAUGCCUCAUGAUUCCCGUCGAUGACUACCGUAACCCAUGGAAAUCCACGUACCCAUCCAUUGCUGUUCAUGGAGAAGGCGAGGCCUCGACAUCCUUAUAUUAUGCCCUGAUAUCUCAAGCGGCUUUCAACCGAUCUAAUCUCAGGACACCUGAGCAAUAUGAACUCCGUGCGCGCGAUCGAGCGCUGGCACUCAAUCACUAUGGCCGAGCAGUCCGAGGCCUGAGACUUUGUCUCGCUCAGUCAAGUCAGGACUUUGCACAGUGUAUAGGAACUGUCAUGACUUUGAUAAUGGCCGAGAUCUGGUCUGAAGAAUCACGUGCUUGCAGACUACACUUCCAAGGUGCAAUGAGCAUGGUGGAUAAAUAUCUCCUGCUUCAACGCCAACGCCAACCAUGGGCUAAUUCCUACGAAUCGUGGAUCAUAACCCAAAGUUUGGCCCUCAGUAGCCUUUUAGUGCAGACAGCUUCAUUUCACGCGACAAGGUACCAACAAGAUGUCGUGGAAGCACUUAUUUCUUCGGUUUCUGAGAGAGAGCAAUUCGGCUUCACCGUUGGGGCAACCAGUUGUCAACUGCGUUCGAUUCUCAGAAUAUAUCGGAUGGAAAAUCAAUUGCGGCGCAACAUGGUGCCUGAAGAUCUUGAUUCGAAGGUCGCUGAACUCCUGAACAGUCUAGGAAGAGAUGCCAUGCAGGGGAGCGGAGGAGGAGGCGACGAAGGAAACCCAAACGACUUCGAAACAAUGCACUACCAACUCUUCUCUGCCGCCGCCGAGAUCUACCUAUACCGAGUCCUCUUCGACAUUCCACCCUCAAAACUACAGUCCAAGAUCGCCACAGUCUUGGACAUGGCCACGCGCUUCAUCCAAUUCGGGGCGGGAUAUCCGACGGCCUGGCCCGUGUUUAUCGCUGCCGUGGAAGCUGCCACGCCUGAGCUGCAACACUCAGCAAGUCGUUGGCUUGACUGGCUCAUGAGCCACGGGAUUGGGAGCCGGAAAGAUUUGAAAUUGGUCAUUGAGGAGACGUGGAGGAGAAGAAGAGAGAUGGCCGGAAAAGAAACAGGAAGAGGCGCGAUUGUAGUCGAAGAAGAGGGCGUCUCGAUCGAUUGGAGAACGGUGGCCGAUGAUUUGGAUUGUGAAGUUAUUCUGAUCUGA